CGGAAAAGGGAAAUUUCGGGGAGACACAAAGCGAGUUUGCUAGAGUAAUUGUUUCGCGGCCGAAGACGAAGAGGAUCGUUUACUUCACCGACUUUUCUGAACGGGAAAGGCUUAAGGAGGCGGGGCAUCCGUUCUGUGGAGGGAGAAGUGUGCGGGUGACUCAUCUUGUCCGGAUGUUGGAGGAGAACCGGCACCGAGCAGCCAGUCAGCAGCCCAGCAGCAGCAGCCGCCAUCACCAGUCGAUUGUUUUCCUUUUCGGACACACGUUUGACAGUUACCCCGUGGUCGCCACCUGACGUUGACUUUCGUCGAUUCCGGAAAAUCACGACUUUUUCCAAAAUUUUGCAAGUGUUACGCAACUGCAGUGCAGCCUUAAGUGGAGAGUGCGCCCCGUUUGACUGGAAUAAGAGAGAAGUCGGAUUCUCCAACCAUGGAUUCUGAAGAACUGAAGGCGUUUGAGCGCAAGAGUGAGGUACCCCCUCCGCACGACCCCCUGGAUGACUUCCUGAGUGGAGGCAUUGGCCAGGGUGCAAACCCUCAACACUUUGCUGAGCCCAUCAGGAAUUCACCUCCAGCAGCCCAGGCUGGCAAGGACAUCAUGGACACCAUGUCGUUCCUGCAUCAUGAGUCGCAACCACAUUUCACGCCUGCUGCUGGGGACACGUUUAUGGAUAAUCAGUACUCAGGAUCGCCUGACAAAGAAGAUUAUAGCCUUGAGGAUGAAGUGAUUCGUCACAAGACUCCAUCCCCUGACCUGUUGCCAGAACCCACUAAAAAACAACCCUCUACCUUCGAUGAGAAUCCUCUGGAUGACUUUGGCACUAGUUUUGGUUUCUCUCCCAAAAAGAGUGAUCCUUCACCUCAUGCAGAUCCUCUCGAAGAUUUCCUCUCUAAACCUGCACCUGCCAGAGAGCCCUCACCUGAGCCUAUUCGUGAGCCUUCACCUAAACCUGUCCGUGAACCCACUCCAGAACCUGUACGAGAGCCUUCACCCCCUCCUGUACGAGAGCCCUCUCCUUUGCCUGUCAGAGAGCCAACUCCUGAACCUAUUCGGGUACCCACCCCUGAACCCCCUCCAAAACCUAAAGCAGCACCUAUUCCAACAUUCCUGGAGUCCGAAUAUGUUGAGAAGAAACCUGAGAAGAAGGAACCUGAGCCCAAACCUGUGAUUUCGAAGCCUACCUCACCACCCCCAGCACCUCCAAAGCAGGUGUCGUCUGGCGGAACUAAAAGCUGCGAUGGGCUAGCGAUCUGGUUCAACCCACAGAAGAUGCACCCCAAGGUGGAGGCCCUGGUCUACUGGCGGGACCCUAAGAAGUCAGGAAUCGUGUUUGGAGGAAUUAUGGUUGUGCUGCUCUCGCUGUCAUUCUUCUCAUUCAUCAGUGUAGUUGCCAACCUUUCUCUCCUGGCUCUGACUGCUGCAUUUGGAUUCCGUAUUUACAAGACAGUCCAGCAGGCUAUUCAGAAGACAUCAGAUGGACACCCAUUCAAGGAAAUCUUGGAGUUGGACCUCACUCUGCCAGCAGAAAAAGUACGAUCGACUAGCGACCUUGCUGUCACCCACAUCAACGCCGUUGUUUCGGAGCUUCGUCGCCUCUUCCUUGUUGAAGACUUUAUUGACUCCGUGAAGUUUGGUGUUGGCCUGUGGAUGCUCACUUAUGUGGGAUCCUGGUUCAAUGGCAUGACACUCAUCAUUCUUGGUGUGGUGGCUCUGUUCACUCUUCCCAAGGUGUAUGAAACGAACAAGGCUCAGAUAGACCAGAACAUCGAACUUGUUGCUGGAAAAGUUAACGAAAUCACAGCCAAGGUCAGGGCUGCCAUUCCCAUUGGCAAGAAGGCUGAGGAGAAGAAAGAGCAGUAAGCAGGAACAAGAAGCCCAUAUUGGGUUGUGUGAAAAGAACCAGAAACGGAGGCAAAGAGGCAGUGACCUUCAACACCUCUGUAUAGCAUUAGCUAUAAAAAAAUUAUUACAAUUCUUAAUUUAACGAAACUCAAAUGUGGCUCAGCAUACAAAAAGGGCAUGUAACUUGAACACUUUGUGUGCCUCUAUUUAUGUUGAAUGAAUUGUCUGUUCAAGCUCGUUGAUGUUCGUUUUUUUUUCUUUGUUUUAAUUUUUUUUUUUAAAUCUACCACUGCAUUACUUCUAUUUAUUUGUGAAUUCCUUUAUUUCUUUUUUAUAUUAAAUUUGUAAGAAAUGUAUCGCAUCAAUAAGUGUGAGCUCACACUUUUCUUGUUACUGCCAAGCAAGUAUCCCAAAUCCCUUCCCCCUUCCCUCUCCCCUUCCUCCUCGCUCCUGCUUCCCAAACUCUGUUAAAAACCGAUACUUUCCUUUAGUGCCUGCUCCCCUUCCCCUUCCUUUCCCGUCCUUGAUCUCCUUCCUCUCCUUCAAGAAAGCAUUUUGUAUUUGUAUAUCUUCUGCAAAUUGAAUUUUAAGUGUGAUUUUUACCAGAUCAUAUUCAUAUAGUUUAUGUGAUACGUGUAUGUUGGAAAACCCUUCAAAUUUUAAUUGUAAAAUGUUGAAAUGGUUGUAUAAAGUUUGAAGAAGGAAGAUAAAACAUAUGUGAAACAAGUAUGAGAUUCUCUUUUUUAAUGUCAAGCAGCUUUGUGUCACUUUAUAAAUCUUUCCAUUGAAGAAGCAAUCUUGUAAGUUAGAUUUUUGGUGCAUUUGUUAAGUAAUUCUCUGUAGCUGCGCUAGUCUCUGCAUGGCGAUUUCCCUUGAUGCCUUUGUUGUUUACUAUGUUUAUCUUUGUUUUUAACUAAAAGCCAAAUUGUCUAUGUUGCGUACUAUUGCACUUAAAAUACCUGCUUACAAUUGUAAACAGCUUGAUUGCUUAUUCAAUCAAUGUUACUUCGUUUUCAUUAAGACUUAAUCUAUAUAGACUGUAAAGUGACAAAAGAUUUUAUAUAUACUUAUAUAUAGACUUAUAUCUAUGUAUGAGGGAGAUUUGGAGCUCUGAGUUUUGUGAUGAAAUGGUCCUUGUGAUCUAAGAGCAUGUACCACAAAUAUUCCUCCUCAUGCUUAGCUGUUUUUCUCUAGCUGAAGUACAUUGUGGUACUACAUGGA